UUGAGGUCUCCCCCAUUGAGGAGGUGGUUUAGGCCUGGGUCACAGUUGUGUAUCAUGUCACAUAGAGAUAAAUAUAAAUGCCACUUGGAGGUCUGUUGCUCUAAGAGUAAAAACACCUACAGAGUACUGCAAACAAGCACAUGGUCAGCCAUUGCUGAGUUGACUUUGACUACAGGAAACUACUGCUACCAAAUACGUAACGAUGGGAGAGAUGGGAGACCCAGUUCAGCUGAAAGAGGAAGGCAACAAGCACUUCCAAGCAGGAGAGACUGACAAAGCCAUUGAGUGCUACACAAAAGCCAUCAAGGUCUGCAAGGACAAAAACGCACAGGCUGUCAUCUACAGAAACAGAUCUGCCUGUUUUCUAAAGAAGGAAAAUUAUACCAAUGCUGCUUCAGAUGCCUCCAAAGCCAUAGAUGUAGAUGCCUCUGACAUCAAAGCUCUCUACAGAAGAUGUCAAGCAUUUGAGAAACUGGGGAAACUGGACAUGGCCUUUAAGGAUGUCCAAAGAUGUGCAACACUGGAACCUAAAAACAAGACUUUUCUGGAGACUCUCAGGAGACUCGGAGCUGAGAUCCAACAAAAGCUGAAGACCACCUUCUCCACAGACUCCAGAGUGCAGAAUAUGUUUGACAUCUUGCUAAGUGAUGAAGCAGAUAAAGAUACGAAAGAAAAGGCGGCUAACAACCUAAUUGUCCUGGCUCGAGAAGAUGCCGGCUCGGAAAGAAUCUUCCAGAACAAUGGAGUGGCUCUGCUCAUGCAGCUCAUUGAUACUGGGAAUAUUGAGAUGAUCCUGGCUGCCAUCCGGACCUUGUCUGGAAUGUGUACAGGUCACCGAGCGAGGGCCACUGCUAUCAUCCACAUGGUAGGAAUAGACAAGCUGAGUAGUAUUAUGGCCAUGGACAAUGAGGAGGUCGCUCUGGCAACCUGCAACUUAUUCCAGGCCGUCUAUGACUCCCUGUCUGGGGCAGACAGCAGGGUUUAUGGCAAAGAGGAGGCCCUUGUGCUUGACUCAAACAAGGACCUGAAGACUAUUCUGCUCAAACUGUUGGACAUGAUUGUCAAUAAGAAGGUGUCAGGACAUGGACGAGACCAGGCUCUAAACCUGCUUAGUAGAAACGUGCCCAGAAAGAACAAGAAAGAUUCAGAUCACUCCAAGUCCUUAUUUACAAUUGAUCAUGGCCUGAAGAAGAUUCUGAAGGUGUGUGGUCAGGUGCCUGAAUUGCCCGAUCAGUUGCCCAUGACUGAGAAUACGCAGCUUAUUGCCAGCGUGCUUCUUAACAAGCUCUAUGAUGACUUGCGAUGCGAUCCCGAGAGGGACAACUACAGAGACAUCUGUGAUGAAUACAUCAAGAGCAAAUUUGAUCCCAACGACAUGGACAAAAACAUACAUGCCAUGAACGCUUUAUCAGGCUUAAUGCAGGGGCCAUAUGACGUGGGAAACAUGCUUGUGGGUCGUCAGGGAGUAAUGGAGAUGAUGGUCGCUCUUUGUGGUUCUGAGCGAGAGGUGGAUCAGCUUGUGGCCAUAGAAGCUCUCAUUCACGCCUCCACCAAAAUGAGCAGAGCUUCCUUCAUCAUCACUAAUGGGGUCUCUUUGCUUAAGGACAUCUACAAGAAGACCAAAAAUGAGAGGAUCAAGAUCAGAGCACUUGUGGGUUUGUGUAAACUGGGCUCAGCUGGAGGUGAUGAUUAUAGCAUGAGACAGUUCGCUGAGGGCUCCACUGAAAAACUGGCCAAGCAGUGCAGAAAAUGGCUAUGCAAUCCCACUCUUGAUGUUCGGACAAGAAAAUGGGCGAUCGAAGGUUUAGCGUACCUGACCAAUGAUGCUGAUGUAAAAGAUGACUUUGUUGAGGAUGAGCCAGCCAUGAGAGCCAUGUUUGAGCUCGCCAAGUCCAAAGAUAAAACCAUCCUGUAUGCCGUCGCCUGUACACUGGUGAACUGCACCAACAGCUAUGAGAAGAAAGAGAUCAUCCCUGAAAUGGUGCAGUUGGCCAAAUUCUCCAAGCAGCACGUACCUGAGCAGCACCCAAAGGACAAGAAGGAUUUCAUUGAGAGGAGAGUGAAAAGGCUCUUGAAAGCUGGAGUGAUAUCAGCACUUGCCGUCAUGGUCAAAGCAGACAGUUCCAUUUUGACUGAUCAAACCAAGGAAAUGCUUGCAAGGGUGUUCCUUGCUUUGGCUGAUGAUCCAAAAGAUCGUGGAACAAUUGUUGCCCAAGGUGGUGGAAAGGCUCUGAUUCCUUUGGCCUUAGAGGGAACAGACACUGGGAAAAUAAAGGCCUCCCAUGCACUGGCUAAGAUUGCAGCCACCUCCAACCCUGAGAUUGCCUUCCCUGGUGAGAGGAUAUAUGAAGUUGUGCGACCACUGGUGUCUCUGCUGAACACAGAAAGAGACGGUAUUCAGAACUACGAGUCGUUAGUGAGUCUCACUAAUUUGGCUGCACUAAACGACAAGCUUCGAGUGAAAAUCCUGAAGGAGAAGGCCCUUCCAGAGAUUGAGAACUACAUGUUUGAGGAGCACGAGCAAAUCAGACAGGCCGCUACAGAGUGCAUGUGCAAUCUUGUGUGCUGUAAAGAGGUUCAGGAGCGGUAUCUGGAGGAUGGUAAUGACAAACUGAAGCUCCUCAUACUGCUUUGUGGUGAGGAUGAUGAAAAGCUACAGAUUGCAGCAGCUGGUGGAUUGGCCAUGAUCAUGGCAGCCGAGAAGAAGCUGUGUGUCAAGAUGACCAAAGUGACUGAGCAGUGGCUUGAGAUCCUCCAGAGGCUGUGCAUCCAUGACAAUCCUCAAAUACAGCACCGAGGCAUUGUGAUCAUCUUCAACAUGCUGGAAGCUGAUGCAGAGUUGGCUAAGAAACUAAUGGAGACGGAGAUUCUGGAGAUCCUUACCUACAUCGCCAAGAUGGAGGACAAUCCCAAGAAACAGGGGGGAAUCGAUGCAGCACGUGCGUGUCUGUCCAAAGCCAUGGAUCUUGGACUUAUCAAGCCUUUCACACAAUAAGACAGGAAGAAAAUCGAUUCAUUGGGAUUUGUAAUUAUUAAUAGUAGCAGAGCAGUGGCGUGUAUAGGUUUUUAGACAUGGGGUGCCAAAGAGGAAGGCAGGGGCACAAGUGCACUAAAGCCAGUUUCACACUAUGUGGUUAUAGCAGUCUAUUAAGUUUAUAUUAUUUGUCACACUUUUGCAUCAUCCAUGCUGUCCCCCUAUUGGUAGCUUUUAGACAAACAUACUGAAUCUGCCAGAACUUUGUACUAGCUAUCUUCGGUCACAAUGGCACUAAAGACUUCAGAUUUUUGUUUGUGGCAGCAAAAUUGGGCCAAUAAUCAUACAGUGUAAAGCCGGCUUAAGGGGUGACACCACCAAAUA